GUCAGCUGUAGACUCAAACACAGCUCCUCUGAGGUUGUGGUCUCAGUUCUGCUGUCAUAUAUUUCUCAACUGAGUGAGUUGGACAUGAUUGGCUGUGAUCUGCAAACAUCAGAAGAGAAGCUGCUCUCUGGUCUUAGAAACCCAAACUACAAACUCCAGAAACUGAGACUUGCUGGUUGUAAACUGACAGAGGAGUUUGGUGAAGUUUUAGCCUCUACUGUGCAGCACAUGGUCUCCCUGACAGAACUGGACCUGAGUGACAACCACGUGAGCAUCACUGGAAUUCAGCUUCUGAAUGCUGGGCUAAGUCGCCUCAACAGUCAUCUGCAGAUACUAAGACUAGCUGGUUGUAAUCUGACAGAGGAAUCCUGUGAGGCUUUAGCCUCUGCUGUGCAGCACAUGGUCUCCCUGACAGAACUGGACCUGAGUGACAAUUACUUAAACAUCACUGGAAUUCAUCUUUCGAGUGCACUGAAAGGUGACAUCAACUGUAAGCUGCAGACAUUGAGACAUGCCCGUGGAGAACUGAGAAAAUAUGCCUGUGAGCUCACACUGGACCCAAACACAGCACACAGACGUCUCUCUCUCUCUGAGGGGAACAGAAAGGUGACACGUGUGGAUCAGCAGCAGCCGUAUCCUGACCACCCAGAGAGAUUUGACUCCUUCUCUCAGGUGCUGUGCAGAGAGGGUCUGACUGGACGCUGCUACUGGGAGUUUGAGUCGAGUGGUGGUUGGGUUUUUAUAGCAGUGGCCUAUAAGAGCACCCCGAGGACACAGAGGAGUGGGAUUGACAGUGAGUUUGGAUUUAAUGGCAAGUCCUGGAGACUGGACUGCUCUGGUAACAGUUACUCUGUCUGGCACAAUAGUAAGCAGACUGACAUACGUGCCCCCUCCUCCCGCUCCAGCAGAGUAGGAGUGUACCUGGACUGGCCAGCAGGCACUCUGUCCUUCUACAGCGUCUCCUCUAACACACUCACCCACCUGCACACGUUCCACUCCACAUUCACUGAGCCCCUCUAUCCUGGGUUUUAUGUUAUCUCCUCAGUGUUCCUGUGCCAGAUCACAUGACCUCCUAAUCCUGCAGCAGAGGAGAGCCACACACACCUGUUUACACACUCCUGUGUGUGUUUGUUUGUGUGUGUGUGUGUGUGUGUGUGUCUCUCCUGUUCAUCAUCUGUGUUGCCUCUUCCCUCUGACUGUGUUUUCUUCUCCCUCAAUUUCUCUUACUCUGUGUGUGUGUGUGUGGUGUGUGUGUUGCCCCUGUUCCCCUGCUGUGUGUGUGUGUGUGUGUGUGUGUGUGUGUGUGUGUGUGUGUGUGUGUGUGUGUGUGUGUGUGUGUGUGUGUGUGUGUGUGUGUGUGUGUGUGUGUGUGUGUGUGUGUGUGUGUGUGUGUGUGUGUGUGUGUGUGUGUGUUCCUCCUCCUGCCUCCUUUCUGCACCGGUCACUGUUCUCACUGUAUUCACUCACACUGACACACACUCACACACACUAACACACA